AAUUCCACAAUUUAGUUGGAACAAAUGAUAAUCUUCUAUUUCUUCUAUUUUGGAUCUUUUCUGGAUUGGAGAUUGGAAGCACGUUGUUGAAGGACGCUUUCAAGGGCGGCUCACUAGACCUUCAAGUCGACCUCCCUCUUAAUAGCCAGGAAGUAGAGCCGCUGUCAGUGACCAACAGACCCAUCUUGAAGCUUACACUUAUUACCAUGAUGAAUACAACUAUCUCUCGAUGUGACUGACUUAUUACAAACCUUCUUUCUGUCUUUUUAUUAACUUCAUGAUCUUUUCUUUCCCUGGCUUUUCUUCUUCAUACUACUCCUCCUCCUGCUCCUGCUCCUGCUCCUCCCCCCUCCCUGCUCCCGCCUCGAAUUAUAUUGUAUCAGAAAGCACCAGGAACUUUGGGCUCAAACAAUCAUCAUCAACCCAACGAUCGUACGCGCCGCUCAAGGAACAACCUUACCUCAUCCAUAUUAUACUUUCUCAUUGACCGACCUCUUUUUUAAUUCUCGAUCUUGUUUUUGCAUACGUUCUCACGAAUCUCACGAGUUUAUACGAAUUUCUUUCCAUUUCUUUUCGCAUUUCCGUCCGCGAAUCAUUUACCCUAGACGUGUGGUUGUGUUUAACCAUCCAAUCCAUUCCGUCUUCAAUUGACUCCAAAUUCCAAAGCAUCAACCAUUCCUGGUGUGGAUAUCUGCACCAUUACAUCAGACGUGAAUUGGACCGAGUAACACUACCGGGACCUUGAUCUCUCUUCAAUUGUGUGAAUCUUUAUUUACCCCGUCCAGUCCAAGAAUUCGUUGCCAGCCAAUCAAAUGCGAUAGGAAAUCUACCCGUUUUGAUAUUUCAUAUUUCACAUCUUAUUGCGGGAAAAGAAGAUUUGAGAAGAAGUGCAGAGGAAAGAAAAGAGAGAAAGGUCCAAAGGACCAAGAGAGGAAAAAAGGAAGGAAAAGAAAAGAAAAGACGAGAAAAGACGAGAGGAUAUUUCUAUGAUCUUCUUCUCCAUUUUUCAACCGGUGACAACAAAGUAUUCACAACUUCAAUACCUACCUAGGUUGAUUGAUUGAUUGAUUGAUUGAUUGGAAUUCUUAUUACGGAUUACAUGCGGAAUCCCCCACCAACAAUUUCAGCUUUCUAUCGCUUCUAGAUCUCACCACAAUCGAGGAAAGUCAAGGAAAAGAGGAAAAGAGGAAAAUCCCACUUCAAAGUCAUUUUUUCCAUAAAAAAUUCAACCCACCCGAGAUCUCUUUCCCGCUCACCUCCCCACCUUGAUUCAAGACCUGAUUGACUCUUGGAGUCUUAUUUAUCUUAUUUAUCUCAUUUAUCUCAUUCAUUCACCGGCAAAACAUCUCCAUCCAAGCUGGGCACCGGGGCAAUCGACUGGGAUUGGAUUUACGAAACCUUACACACCACACACCCUGCGCACCUUACACACCUUGCACACCUCUUCAACUUUAUUCACGAGCCAAUUCCAGAUACCCAAAUCAGCCCAACCGACGCAAGCCCCUCCAGUAGCUCGUCAUCCCAUCUAUUCAUUUCUAUUACCUUCAGUCAAUACCACCACCUAACACCUCCUCCACCAUCAUUGUCCAUUAUACAAAACCCGUCCAUCUUCCAGCCUCGUCAUUUUUCUUCUUUUGAUUUUUCUCUCACUUGGCUCAUUCGGUCUCACAUCUACCAAACACGUAACCCAUCUACUCUGUGGGUAGAUACCUAAUAAGUGAUUCAUAUCUCACAUACGUUAUUAUAUUCCCGACAUCAUUAAAAUACUACAACAUUUCGAAUACAAACAAACGCUUUCAAUAAGCAUAUCGUCCAUACAAGCAACAAGACAAGCAACCAAACAUGUCUCGACAUGGCGCUCCGUCUCGAGUGACGGAAUUUGAUGAGCGUGAUACUUAUUAUCGAGGGACAGCUCCACCACCAGCUCAAGUUCGAGUAAGAGAGCGUGAUCAUGAAGAGACUAUUGACUUCAGUACCAGAAGAGGUCCAGAGAGACCUCGAAGACGUUCAUUGGAUUUCUUACGAGAUGAUUACACGCGAUCAGAGCCAGGUCAAAUAGUCGUAAGAGAACGCGAAAGAGAAACAUUCAAUGACGGACCACUUGUGCGACGAGCAAGAUCUCCUUCUCCUCCACGAUUUCGUGAGAGAAUUGUAAGAAGUGAGGUUGGAGUACGAGAGCCUUCUCCACCAGCCGAGAGAAUCCGAACAAGAAUUGUUGAAAGAGAAAAGGAAACUCCAAGAUCUCCAUCACCCCCACCACAACUUCGCGCACGAGUUAUAGAGACAAGACAAAGAUUCAGAGAGCGUUCACCAUCUCCUCCAGCACCUUCUCCAGUUCGCAUUCGUGAGAGAAUUAUUGAGCGUGAAAGAGAGAGAGAGAGAACCCCUUCCCCACCACCACAAGUUGAGAGAAUUCACACCCGAAUUGUUGAAAGAGAGAGAGAAAGAGAACCUUCUCCAUCACCAUCUCCCCCACCAACCCCACCCCCAGAGAUUAUUCGAGCACCACCCAUUCACCGAGAAAUUAUUACACAUCAUCGUCAUAUCGAUCACGGUUUCGAAAGAGCUCCAGCUCCAAGUCCACCCCCACCUCCCCGUCGUGCCCACACCCCUGCACCACCAAAAACCGAAAAGACUGAAAUCGACAUCUAUCGUUCCGGUAACAAUACUGAAGUUGAUAUCACAAAAACCAAAACCAGUGGUCGCGAAAAGCCUAAAUCACCUCCUCCACGAAGAGAAUAUUAUGAUGAUUCCAUCUUAUAUGAGCAAGAGCGUGACAAGCUACGUGUUAGAGAUACCCGUAUCGAUCUCAGCAGAAGAAGAAGUUUGAGUGCUCGUCCUGAUAAGGAGAGAGUAAAUCUCGAUAUCCGGGAUGAAGAUGAAGCCGAUUUCUAUGCCCGCAAGGUUCAAGAAAGAGCCGUCAUUGGUGAAGCAUUUAACGGCGCCACAAAAGAUUGGUCAAUCAUCGAUGUUCCUCCUGGAACGGAGAGGAUCCAACUAGAUGGUGUCGGGGGUGGAAGUCAAGAAAUCACUUGGCAGAGAUACAAUGGUGUACGACGAAGCAAGUUCAAUCCUGAGCGUGAGCACAAGAGAGAAGAACCUGAACGUGUCGAGAAGAGAAUUGAGAUCCGUGAACGUGAGCGAGAAGGACCUAAUCGUACAACUGAGCAUAUCGAGAUUCGUGAGCGUCAAAGUGCUGCACCUUCUCCACGCGAAUCGUCAACCACUAUUGACAUCGAUAUCUCUAACUCUAGCAGUCGUAAACCACGAAGCCAUGCCAGUGGACCAACAUACGAGAGAGAAAGAGAAUACGAACGUAUCGAGGAAAGCUCUGAUCGUCAAGUUGGCUUCCCAUUACCUCGUGGUCCACCAAAAAGUAGAAUGGGUGAUUUGUGGACUGAAAUCACCAAGGACUUGGUAGCUAAGGAGGCUAUCGAGGAACUUGGCUAUGAUUACGAAGAAACAGAAUUCUUCUAUUACAUUCUUCAAUAUCUCAGAUACCAAGAUGUCGAGGAACUCGUUGCCCUCUCCGAAACCGUCCGCCGCGAAAGACAAGAUCGCAUCCGUGAAAUCGAACGUGAACGCAUUCGCAUUGAACGUCGUGAGAAAGAACGCGAUGAUUGGGAGCGAGCAGAGCGAAGAAGAGAAAGAGAUAGCGGCUACGACGAUGAGCGAAUCAUCGAGAGAGAAAUCAUCUGGGAUGAUCAUAGAAGACGCGAGAGACCUAGCAGACGUUGGUAGUUCUUUUCCUAUCGCUAGGAUUGAAUUAUCAAUGUGAGCCGGUCGAUUGAAAGAAUCGAAAUUGCACAGAGGAAUCGCAGACGAAGACGAAAAGAGAAAGCGGAAAGAAGAAAAAAAGAAAUCCAACUCUCUACGAAUAUGAUGAAAUGAACCGACGAAACGAACGACAGAUGAAAUAAAAUACGACGUUACGGCUGCUACAUAAUGACAUUUGCGCUUGUACUUGCUUGCACCUAGCAUCGACUCCCUCAUAUAGCGCUGUUGCAUUUCUUCAUUUCUUCCUGUUCUUUAUUAAUUUCUUUUCGAUUGAUCGAUUCGGUCUCUCACUGUGGGGAUGAGUGGGAAGUGUCUUCUAUCUAUUCUUGGGUCAUUCUUGUUAUCUUACCUACAUACAUACAAACCUCAUAUUCAUCACCCUUUCUUCGUCUAGAAGAAAGCUACUACGUGUUUACCGGCAUGGAUAUGCAUGGAUAGAUAGAUAAAUACCCAAGAUUUUCUCGCUGGAGGGAUGGAAAGUAUGGAUGGGCUUAGUUGGUUUAUUUUCUUGUGUUUUCCUUUUCUUUUACUCUUUUUUUUUGUUCCUCCUCUUUGGUUGCGUGUGUUUCUCAAUGGAUUGUAUUUGAUUGCUCUUUUCUAUUUAUUUAUGUGUGUUAGGGAAGGGGGAGGACGGUUUGAAAUGAGAGAGGGAAGGAGAUGGAUGGGUGGAAGGCAGGCAGGCAAGCAAGCAUACUUUUAACGAAUGAUUAUGAAAAUGAAAAUAUGAUUGAUACACUUUGAUGCGUUUGACUUUUUUCAUUUUUGUUUUGUUUUCAUUAGAUAGGGCUUGAUUGGAUGGGAUAAUAUGAGAUGGUGUUCUUAUUUUUUUUGAUAGAGAUGUGAGUGCGUGAGUGAGUGAGUGAGUGAGUAAGUGAGUGGAUUAAUAUCAUAUAAACCUAAGCAUAAAUCUUCCCUUCUCCUUUCAGUUCCAUCUCUUCCAUUUCCUAGUCACAGAAACCAUACUUUCCACAACAUCUACUUCCAAACUUCCGCCAUCUUCAUCUUCAUCUUCAUCUCUACUACAAGCAUCGAUUCAAUAUCCCCUCAGCUCUUCCCACCCCAUCCAUCCCAUUCCCCAUCUC